GGGUCGGGCGUGCUGGGAGAAGCGUCCGCAGGAAAAGCGGAAGGUGGCGGAGCGCGCUGUCAGCCGCGAUGGCGUUCGUCUUCAGGAGAGGUCGCGAAAGGCCCUUCAAACACAUAGCUCAUGGCCUGGUCCCUGCUGCCACCAUAGCUCCUAAACCUGCAGUUCCCCGCACCCCUCCCCCUCGUAGCCCAAACCCUUCUCCAGAAAGGCUCAGAUCUGCUUUAGCAGCAGCUAUCCUUGCAACAACACUGACAGGGCGCACGGUUGCUAUUCCUCAGCCUCGGCAGCGAUCACUUUCUGAAGGUGAUUCUGCCCGCGCAGAACAGGAGGGCUUUGAACCAUAUGCUACAGUCACAGAGCUCAGAAUGGGGCCUAACUGGAAACUUGAUGGCAGUGACAGAUCUCCUGUGCAGUCACUGGAAAUAACAGGCAGUUACUGUGAGGAUGAGGACAUGGAAACCUAUCUUUCAGAUGCUGGCAGAGAGGCAGAGACAGAGUCCAGCUCUGAGAGUAAUGAGAAACAUGGAGAAAGCUUUAGCACCAGUGCGAUUUAUGCAGUUCCCUGUAAAAACAAAAAGGAAGAGUUUCAACCAUCUCCUACUAAUAAUGCUAAGAAGAAGGAAACAUCUCAUGAAAGUCAGUUUCAGGUGUUGGUGGAUGAGUCAAACACGCAUUCUGAAGAGAACGAACGGCUUGGCUUGAAUUCAAAGGAAGAAAAAUCAUUAGCUGAAAGUCCUAUCCGGGAGAAGCCUCCACCAUCCCCAGAUGUCUCUAUUCGUGCAAGGCAAGCACGGGAAAAUAAGACUAGAGAAAAGCUCAGAGAACUACAACAAGAAAACUGGUCUUUGAACAAGGCAUAUCAGGCUGUGGGUCAACAACUCGAGGGAAUAAAACAGCAAAUGGAAGAACAGCAAUUAAAAGUGAAGAGAUUAGAAGAAGAAAACAGAAAACUUAAAGAAGCUGCAAAGACGACACAUGAUGAAGGAGACACUACAGAAUUACUUUCUCUGAGACAACAAGCACAAGAACUUGUAGAUGAAAACGAUGCUUUGAAAUUGACAGUCCAUCGUUUGAAUGUAGAGUUAAGUCGCUAUCAAACUAAAUUCAGGCCACUGACCCGAGAAGAGCAUCUAAAACUAAAUAGUUUACCCACUAAAGGACCACCACCCCCAUGGCUGCUGGAUAUGAAGUAUUUGUCUCCUCUUCUGUUGGCAUAUGAAGACAGAAUAAAAGAAAAGGAAGAUUUAAAUUUUGCACAUGAGGAGGAUAUGAAGAAUUUUAAAGUACAAGUCGAAGAGCUGGUGAAGGAAAAUGAAGACCUGCAUGAGCAAUUAAAUACGAAUAACUUAAUUACCUCUACAGAAUGGCACCAGCUACAAACUCAGGCCAGACUGGUCUUGGAAGAAAACAGGUUGUUGAUGGAGCAACUUGAAAUUCAACAAGCUAAAGCAAAAGAUAGUCACAGACAACAUGUUCAAGAAGCUUCAAAAUUGACCAAACAGAUAAUAAUUUUAGAAGAGAAGAAACAGAGUCAAGAAGAACAGAUCAGAGACUACCAGAAGCAGUUGAAAGCUCUACAUACUACUUGUGAAGAGCUCAAAGCCAAACUGGAUAGCAGAAUAGCAGCAGAGGAGCACUUUGCUUUGGUGAAUGACUUAAAAAGCCAUUUACAGCAGGAGCAGGAGAAAAAGCGCUCUGAGGUGGAAGAUCUCAUGGGGAAGAUUGCAUCACUGCAAGCUCAAAACAAGAAACUACUUUUACAAAAAAAUAACUUCCUGGCUGACAAGACAACCCUGGAAGCUGAGAUGGAAAUGACACAGAAAACAAACAGGCGAUUAAAGAAGAAAAUAGGUCUUUUGAAACAGCAGUUGGAGGAAGCAAUUGAAAAAGAAGUUGCAGCCCAUCACUACCUGACAAACCUUAUCGGUUUGGUGGAAAAGAUAGCGCAGGAACGCGAUCAUCUUAUUUUUUUGGCCAAAUGCUUGGAAAAUGAGAACCAUGGAGUUCUAAACAAAAUAGUAGAAGGCAGUCUACGCUUAGGAAGGUUGGAAGAAAAAGUGAAGCUCUAUAAAAAGAGAGCAGCUGGGAAGCUUGGAGAUAUCAGUCUCAAAUUGACUGAGCAGGAGAAAGAUUUUGCUGGGAAGACUGCUCAGUACCAGCAAGAAAUGAAGCACCUCCAGCGUCUGCUGCAAGACAAACAGGAAACCCUUGAUGCAGUGCUGCAGCAAAAGAAAAAAGUAGAAGGUGAACUUGAAGUCAUUUGGGAAUCCACAUCCAAAGAAAACAGGAGAAUGAGAGAACUCUUACAUAAAUCUUUGGGAAAUAACAAUAUGUGGAAUACUGUUACAGGUAAUGAGUCAUACUUGGAUGAAAUCUCUCAGAAGGAUCUUCUUUAUGGACAUGAUUUUAGCUAUUGCGAUGUGAAACAAUCACCUACUAAAAAUGAAAAUCAACAACAAUCCUAGCAAUAAGAAUAAAGAUAGCUUAUGGAUUUUUAUCAUCAAUGAUAGGACAGUUACAGAAAGAACUCUGUGCCUGAAUUUGACAACACUGAACAAUAGAACAGUUACCAUCUUCAAAAUUUAUUUAUUUUUCAGAGUCAUUAAUAUGACAACAGCAUAUUCUCUAGCUAUAGUAAUUAUGAAUAUAAAUCUAUACUUUUAUUUUUUGAAGAAAAAGCUGUUCCUUACUCAGGCAAAAUGUGGUGCAAUUCCAAAUUAAAACAAAACAACUAUCCAGUUAAAGAGAAAAAAACAAAGCCGCUGAUAGGCUUGGAGUUGUAACACAGGCAAAGCACGUUCCUGGCUUUAGAUUAACUGAACAGCAAAAAAGAAAGCCUCUGUGUGGUAAAUAACAUCCCCUAUCAUGCAUCUUUAUUAAAAGGCCUUUUGAAGGCAAUUCCUUCAAUAUCACCAAAUAAACUGUACAUGAAAUAAAAGCAAAACUGAAGAAAAAAA